AUGCCGUCAAGAACGCCCUUCCAGGCAUGCCCGCCCCCAAGAGUAUGUGAAAUGGACAAGGAACGUCGUAAAAUACGAACUGGUCUCGCUCUCUUGAAGUUCAUUGGAUUCGACUCACCAGUGGUUACGGUCUGUUCGAAACAUAUAUUUGGUUCCAUUCGCAGAUGUCCCAGACCUGAGACUUUAGAGCACCUCAACAGAAGUGGACUAGAUGGUGACCUACCUGAGAAGAACGGUCUGCCAUUUGGCACCAUUUGUACCAACCAUGAAACGUUUCUCAAUUUGUCCGUUCCCAGGGUGAAAUUGUCCGCGUUUAGAUGCAAUGAUUGCGUACGCCGUCUCCAUGCCAACUUGGUGCAGCUGUCGGUCGUAGCGGUCGGUUGGGCGGAUUAUUCAUCAGAUCUACCGAGUUCAUUAAUGGACAGCCGGAUUACCAAUGCAGUAGUGAAGAAGCCAUCCGUAGUAAGGGUGAAACCGGAACUUAGAAGAAGAGUUCGUGGUCUGCUGCAGCAGGCUGCUGAUUUGAGAACUCAUGGGGCCGAUGAUAGAUCAACACCACAGAAUAGUCGUUAUCGUGACGUUAUUGAUGAGGUAGAUGGCUCACCGUUGGCUGGUCUUCUUGCAAUAUUGCUGGGUGAAUCGCAGACAGGCGAAAACGUACGACGUCCUAUUCAGAGGAUUUUGACCGAAAUCGACAAUGUUCUCAGGGAAGAUGUAGAACAUAAGUUGAUGAUUGCGCAAGAACGAAACGAUCGUCAACUGGAAGAUCUUACGCUGCGGCUUGAACAAACACUUCGUCAAAGAGAAACCUCUCAUCUGAGAGAAAUCACAGAAUUACAUGGUCGUAUCGACUACCUUCAGGAUCAACUCAAGGAAAGUCGCGAAAUGAACGAGAACUUCGAACGGCAGCUGGAGAACGCAAACUUGGAAUUGUUGGAGCGAUCACAUGGCAUGGGCAGUACCAUGGCUGAGAUAGAGGACCUACGGAAAGAAGUAAAAGAGCUAAGGCUCUUUAAAGCAAAAUACCGACAAGGAAUGGAGAGCAUUGACCAGCUACGUGACGAACUGGAAAAACAAAUGUUGAUCGCUAAGACCACCUAUGAAGAAUUCGCUAAGGUGGAGAAAGAGCGAGAUGAGCUUCGAUUAGAAUUCGACAAAAAUCUUCAAAAACUCCGAAAAUUGAAUCAACGGCGACAUCAUGCAAUUAUGGCAGAGCUUGACGAAGCGGAAGACGAAAUUCUCACUUAA